CCGCAAAUACAUGGCCAACAAACUCACCAAAUUGAAUCUCAAUUCAACUUCUCAACUACAAUUUGGACAACCAUCAACCAUUGACAAUUCCCUACACAACUGUCAUAGCCAAACCAAAACCCAACAUGUCCGUCGUAACUAAAGCAAACAUCGCUUCCUUCGGCGGGAAGCUCCUCAAACUUACUCACAAUGCUGCCACUACCAACUGCGAGAUGGCGUUCAACCUCUACCUGCCUCCACAAGCUAUCCAGAACCCAAAACAGAAAGUUCCCGUCCUGAUAUACCUUUCCGGCCUCACCUGCACGGCAGACAACUGCUCCGAGAAGGGCUUUUUCCAGCAUGGCGCCAGCAAGAAAGGGAUUGCGAUUCUGUAUCCCGAUACCAGUCCUCGAGGCCUAAACAUCGAGGGCGAGAAUGACUCCUGGGACUUUGGCACCGGGGCCGGCUUUUACGUUAAUGCCACGAAAGUUCCUUAUGAUAAAGGAUAUAACAUGUACAGUUACGUCACAGAAGAACUGCCAAGGACAGUAUUUUCUGCAUUUGAGCAAUUGGAUUCGUCCCGGGUCAGCAUUAUGGGCCACAGCAUGGGCGGACACGGCGCGUUGACUUUGUUCUUGAAAAACCCUGGAAAAUACAAGUCUGUUUCCGCCUUUGCGCCCAUUGCCAACCCCAUCAACUGCCCCUGGGGCCAAAAGGCGUUCAAGGGAUACCUUGGCGACGACAUUCAGAAAUGGAAAGAAUUUGACGCCACGGAGCUUGUUAAGAAGUGGAAAGGUCCUCUUAAUGCACUUAUUGAUGUGGGAACCGGCGACAACUUUUAUAAACAGGGCCAGCUCCUACCCGAAAACUUUGCCCAGGCGGCCAAGGAAGCGGGUGUGGAGGGCGUAAAUAUCCGAUACCAGGAGGAUUAUGACCACAGCUACUAUACCAUGGCGACGUUUUCGGAUGACCAUAUUGAGCAUGCAGCUAAAUAUCUAUUCGCAUAGUACGUUUAUUUAGAUUAACUUAGAUUAACUGAGUUCUUCCAGGAAAAAGGGAAAUGGGAUUAUCUCCCGCUUGAAAUCGCGGAUGUUCUAACUUCUGGCUCUGAAGUUAUAACUAGCUGCGGAAAUUAGUAUACUUUGUUUUGAUAUAUUGUGUACGGAGUACUGUUUAUUUUGCCGAAGGCUGAGAAAGUUGAAAUGAUAAAAUCCAACUAUCUCUGCGCUUAUCAUAUGUUGGAUACAUAUAAUAAUUUUAAAUCUAGAUCCUUUUAUAUUCAUUGUCAUCAUCCAUCGCGGCCCAUCGGCCAACUAAAUACGCUUUGCUAUAACAUUUGCCAAAAGCAUAGCUAUCUAUUCAACAUUGUACUUGCCCCCCUUCC